AUGGAAAUGGAAAACCACAGUGAAGCAUCACAGUUCCUUCUCCUGGGUCUCUCAGAAGAUCCUGAAUUGCAGCCAGUCCUCUUUGGACUCUUCCUGUCCAUGUACCUGCUCACGGUGCUCGGGAACCUGAUUAUCAUCCUGGCCAUCACCUCUGACCCCCACCUCCACACCCCCAUGUAUUUCUUCCUCUCCAACCUGUCCUUCGUGGACAUCUGUUUCAUCUCUUCUUCAAUCCCCAAGAUGCUGGUGAACAUCCAGGCGCACAGCAAAGCCAUCUCCUACAGUGGGUGUCUCACUCAGGUAUAUUUUUUAAUGCUUUUUUGUGCAAUGGAUGAUCUUCUCCUCACCUUGAUGGCCUAUGACCGCUUUGUAGCCAUCUGUCAUCCCCUGAACUACAUGGUCAUUAUGAACCCCCAAUUCUGUGCUCUACUCGUUCUGAUGUCCUGGGUCAGCACUUCAUGUAUCUCCAUGACUCUAAUUUUCCUGAUGAUGCAGGCCACCUUCUCUAUAGGCACAGAAAUACCUCAUUUCUUCUGUGAACUAGCUCAGGUUCUUAAAGUGGCCAGCUCUGACACCUUCAUCACUAGUAUCUUUGUCUAUGUGGCAACUGCCCUGCUGGGUGUGUUUCCUGUCACAGGGAUCCUCUUCUCUUACUUUCAGAUUGUAUCCUCUUUAAUGAGGAUGUCAUCUACUCCAAACAGGUAUAAAGCAUUUUCCACCUGUGGGUCUCACCUCUGCAUGGUCUUCUUGUUCUAUGGAGCAGGACUUGGGGUGUAUGUCAGCUCUGCUAUGACCCAAUCUUCGCAGAGUAAAAUGAUGGCCUCUGUGAUGUACACUGUGGUGACCCCCAUGCUGAACCCCUUCAUCUACAGCCUGCGGAACAAGGAUGUGAAGGGGGCCCUGGGCAGACUCCUCAGCAGAGCAACCUCUUGUCCUUCAUGGUCCACUGUUCUCUGA